GCGAGGGAGUAUAGGAGGGGGGAUACGCUAGUAGCGGGAGAGACGAAAGAGCCAGCGUCUGUCAGUGUGGAGCGACCGGUCCCAGCACACACCCCGCCAACAUGCUCCUCGUCGCGCUGGCCACGCUGGCCGCCCUCGCGCCGUGCGGGGCGUCCCCGCUGAACGUCUUGUUCGUCAGCACCGUGUCCUCGCCCAGCCACUACAUCUGGGUAAGCUCGCUGGCCGGCGAACUGCUGCGGCGGGGUCACCACGUCACCGAGUUGGUCAUCAAACCGCCGGCGACCCCACAUCCCAACAGGACAAGCUUCGUCAUCGACGGGAAGAUAUACGCCGAGACAACGCCCGUGGACCUCGAGACCAUCUACGACCACAGUCUGUUUGAGGAAAUCCAUUUCUUGUACGACUUCUGCAGAGAUUCCGCAAACAUUGUGUUUGAAUCGAAGGCAUUCGCCGAUCUCCUCAAACUUUUAAAGCAGAAGAAGCCAGACUUCGACGUCUUCGUCCUCGACUUCCCGUUGCAGGAGCCGUUCAUCGGGCUCAACUACAUCAUUGGCAGGAAGCCAAUGGUCGCCAUGACCGCCUUCAACCUGCCCGUGGACGUGCUGACGCUCAUGGGCAGCCCCUACUUCCCCUCUCUGCUCCCCUACUCCGGGGUGGGCGCGCACGGUGGCGACCCCCUCACCUUCUCCGAGCGCCUGCACAGCGUCUACCGCUGGAUCGGCUACACCACGUACAUCAACUGGGUGUACAGGCCCGACGUGGACAAGAUGAUCGCCGAGGUCUUCCCCGGCGCCCCGCCGCUGGCCGAGCUGGAGAAGGACGUGGCCAUCUCGCUGGUCAACACCAACCCCGCGCUGCACGGCGCCAUGCCGCUGGUGCCCAGCAUCGUGGAGGUGGGCGGCAUGCAGGCCCGGCCCCCCAAGCCCCUGCCCGCCGACAUCCUGGAGUGGAUCAACGAGAAGGCGGCGCCGCACGGCUUCGUGUUCAUGUCUUUCGGGACGAACGUCAGGGCGGCCAGCCUCAGCAAAGGCAGCCGAGACGCCAUCCUGAGGGCGUUCGCCCGCAUCAAGCAGCGCGUGCUGUGGAAGUACGAGGACGACGACAUCUUGGACAAGCUGCCGCCCAACGUGCGUGUCGCCAAGUGGCUGCCGCAGAAUGACAUUCUAGCUCACCCCAACAUUCGCUGUUUCGUCUCCCACAACGGCGGGCUGAGCACCCAGGAGGCCAGCUACCACGGCGUGCCCAUCCUCGGCAUGCCCUUCUUCUCCGAUCAGCUGGGCUACGCCAAGAAGGGGGAGAGGAUCGGCAUCAGCCGGACGGUGAUCUACCGCACCGCCACCGAGGAGGCCUUCUACGAGGCGCUCACUGACGUCAUCAACAACCCGAAGUACCGCGCCAACAUGAAGGUGGUGCAGAACGCGGUGCGCGACCAGAAGGAGACGCCGGUGGAGCGCGCGGCCUGGUACGUGGAGAUGGUGGCGCGCACGGGCGGCGCCCCGCACCUGCGCUCGCCCGCGCUGCGCCUGCGCUGGUACGAGGUCUGGAUGCUGGACAUCCUGGCGGCCGCCGCGCUGGCCGUGGGCCUCGCGCUCUGGCUCGUCCGCCGCCUCCUCGGGGCCCUCUGCUCGUCGGGCGGGGCACGGCGCCGCACCAAGGCCAAGGCUCACUGACGCGUUGUGACCAACCCGAGACUCUGGCUACAACGGAACAUUUUUGGCGGCACCACCGUCACCGCUGGAGCUUUGUAUGUUUGGAAAGGCGUUACUCUAGUCCCACCCACAACAACUACUGCCGCGUGCAGUGACGCUGCCGACCACGUGGCAGCAGCACACUUUUCAAAAUCAGCUGACGGCGCUGACACGCGCCACGCACGCGCGACCUGCCGCUGCAGCUGACACAAGGUCAAAUAACAACUUGGAGCCGCUGCUGGCCCGGCCCGACCACACGGAGUCUGCGAGUCAUCGUCGACCAAGGACACCCAACGACUGUACGGACACGAAGAGGGCGUCGUUUGACAAGGGGAGAUGGUAGCGGGACGCGACGGGACUGGUGUGCCCACGUGUCACUAAUCAUGUGAUGGUAGUGACCCGGUGCGGCAUUGAAUGAAAACAGAUGAUACCAAAAAUAAUAAUUAGUUGAAAUGAGUAUGCGAGGUUGAGGUCGUUGAAACGGUCAUCUCUUACAUCAGCGGACUGGGGAUAGUCCCUUGCUUGCACUAGUUUCAAGUACAUUUGUACCUUAGAGUGACCCAAGAUUAUUUUUGUCUUAGGUAAGAACAUUUUCUCAAUCGAAAGGUAAUACAUAUCAUUUUGUGUCAAGAGUAAAAUUGAUCUUAGGUCAAAAUGUACUUGAAAUAAAACAUUUUUCUGGGUGUGGUGACGGUGCAGAUUAUGGGGCAGUCCACUAUGGACUAUGUGACCACGGAAAAAACAGUUUCGUGAAUUUUAACACCCGGUCUUGGAUGCCAAUACCGGGUCUUGAAAAUCAAGAAACUUUCAUUUACCGUGAUACAAAGAAUCCCCCUACUUGAAAAAAUUACCGCAUGCAGGUGUGCGAUGCCUUGCCUUUACGGUCUGCGCCAUCUCUACUUAACUGGAAUCUGCUUGUAAAUUUCGAAAUAACUUUCAAGUCAAAUGAACUACUUCCGUAAUCGGACACUUGGAUCGAGUAAUGACUGUAAAGGGCUUAUACGAAACUGGAUUACGAGUCUUGAGAGUUAUCACGAAAAUGAGUUGUCUCGUCUCGCGGGUGUCUGGUUAUCUAAUCUCAGUACGCUCUCUUGUGAAGCUUGAAGGCCACUCGAUUGGCGACCUUAGAGACCAGGUGCGCGAUAGGCUGCCUACGCCGCCGGCGCCGUAGACGGGAGCCUCGCGUGACUGUAAUCUCACUGUAUAUAAACCGAAUUCUAAACGUUUUUGUUGUUGUUGUGAUUAUGAUUUGUUAAUAAUUAAAGUUGAACCCAUAUUUA